AUGCUUGAUGAACUGUGUGCAAGUGCUAUCGGAUCACCGCAAUUGUGGAUGCUGUCAGGUAUUAGACCAGCAAAACAUCUUACUAAACUAGGCAUAGACGUAGUAAAAGAUGCGCCAGUCGGCGAGAACCUUAUGGAUCAUGCGGCCUUUUUUGGAUUAACGUGGACAAUAAACGCACCGUUAAAUUUAAUGCUAUACGAUGCUUUCAAUCCUCUUAAAAAUCCAUUUGUAUCGGAAUAUUUAAACAAACAAACGGGACCAUUAACGAUGUCAGGCAGAUGCGAGGCCCUUGGUUUCAUCAAUAAAAAACAAUCAGAAAAAGAUAAAGGUUUACCGGAUAUCGAACUAUUGUUUAACGCCGUUACAAUAAAAGAUUUUCUUCUUCCAAAAAUUUUACUUAAUCUUAAAGACGCAAUAUUUCAACAAUGGUCCAAGUACCAAAACUGUUACGGUUGGAGCGUUCUGGUAAUAUUGUUAAAACCAAAAAGCCGUGGUAGAACAACGUUAUUAGCUAAUGAUGUUAAUGUUAAACCAGAAAUUGUGCCAAAUUAUUUCGACGACCCAGACGACGUAAAACCCAUGAUCGCAGGUAUUAGAACUGCGAUACGCCUUGGUCAAACGAAAACAAUGCAGACGUUUGAUUCUCAAUUGAUAAAUAUUACUUGUACAGAAUGUAAUAAGUACAAAUAUGAUUCUGAUACUUAUUGGGAAUAUGUAAUAAUGAUAAUAACUACCACGCUUUAUCAUCCUUGCGGCACUUGUAAAAUGGGACCUAGUGGAGACCCAACUGCUGUCGUCGACCCCAGAUUAAAGGUAUUAACUUAA